AUGGCUUCCCUCAACACUGAGGAUACCCUCCAAGAGCCCUCACCCUCAAGUUCUGAGAAGAAAAAGAAAAGAAAGUGGCCACAGCAAGAGGCCAGCAUCCAAGACCUGACCUUGGCUGGCCACAGGGCCCUCCUGGCUGGCCAGAACCAUGAGGCCUUGACUAGCUUCCAGAAAGCCUUCCUCCUGGCUUCUAAAGCACCACAAACCAGGGACAACCCCAUUCUCUGGGCCUGUGCCUUCAAUCUGGGGGCUGCUUAUGUGGAGACUGGGGACCCAGCCAGAGGCCUUGAGCUGCUCCUACAGGCCCAACCUCAAAAGAAGGCCCAGGGCAGGUGUCAUGGUGACCAGUGUUUCAAUGUGGCUUUGGCCUACCAAGCCCUAGGCAACCUGCCUCAAGCUUUGGCCUGGUACCACAAGGCCCUGGGCCACUACCAGCCACUAGGCGACCAGGGGCAAGCCCAUGCAAAAAUGGGAGCCUGUUACCAGGCCCUGGGACAGCCUGAGCUAGCAGCCCACUGCCUGCAGGAAGCCAGCCAGGCCUAUGCCCAAGCAGAGCAGCCCCGGGCUGCAGCCCUUGCACUGGGGGCUGCAGCGGGCUGUAUGCUGAAGAGUGGGCAGCAUGGGGUGGGUGAAGUGGUGCAGGUGCUGGAAGAGAGCCGGAGGCUUGCUGAGAGGAGCACUGAGCCAGGACUGCUAGGGCGACUCUAUAAUGACCUAGGCCUGGGCUACUCCCAGCUCCAGCUGUUCCCGCUAGCAGCAGAGGCCUUCCUGCAGGCCCUGCCCCUGUGCCGGGGGCCAGGAGAGGAGGCCACGGUGCUAAGAAACCUUGGGAUGGCCCACAAUGCCCUUGGCAACUAUCAGAAAGCCCAGGAGUUUCACCAGAAGGCUGCUGACCUGCAUGGUGCUGUGGGGCAGCGGUGGGAGCAGGGCCGGAGCUUUGGCAGCCUGGCAUUUGCACUGAGCCAGCUGGGGGACCACAAGGCCGCCAGGGACAACUACCUGCAUGCUCUGCAGGCUGCACGGGACACUGGGGAUAUGAAGGGGCAGUGGCAGGCCUGUGAAGGUCUGGGAGCUGCUGCAGCCAGACUGGGGCAGCAUGACCAGGCCUUGAAGUACUAUGAGGAAGCACUGGCCUGGUGUCAGAAGGAGCCAGAUUCUGUACGAGAGCGGCUGGUGGCCAAGCUGGCAGACGCCAUGAGGACCCACUUGGCCCAGGGUGGACUGGUCCCAACUCACACUCUGACCUCAGCUCGAAGCGGGUCCCAGGCUCCAGGUAGGGCCCGCCCAGUAGCAGGUACCCCAGCCAGGGUGGGAAGGGGCACAGAAAUGCAGCACAGAUCUUCAGGUGGAUGGGAAGAAGAGUCAGAGGGCCAUGAGGAGAAAGAGGAAGAGGAGAUGGUUAAUGUUCCCACAUUAUGGGCAUCAAGACGAGAGUGUCCAGGUCCCAGGGCCCAUCUCCCACUUGGAGAACAAGGUCCCCUCAGAAUGGAGAACCCUGGCAUUCUAGUACCCAAUGGCCCCCAAGCCAAUAGCAGUGUGAACAACCUUCACCCAGCUCUGGAGGCCCAUGGGCCAGAGAGGGUAACAGGAGCUGGAACUAGAGUAAGUUUCCUUCUGUUCUCUCCCCAGUCACUCCCACUGGGAAAGCCCCUCUCUGCCUCCUUCAGGUCCCCCAAACAGCCCAGGGAAACCCCCAGCAGAAACCAUCAGAGGAGACACACCAAGUCGGGCUUCUGUAUGAUCAUGUGACCUCACCCAACUGACCACAGCACGGCCUCUACAGUACCUCCCCAACAUGCACACU